GAACACACUGUUGAUGUACAUAGGAUAAUGCACUGCAUCAAGGAUGUUGGAGCGACUUUCUCUGCAACUAAAAUUCAGCUAUGUUUGCCUGAUGUCCUAAUAGUUGAACAGAGAUGUACACCAGAAGGAAGAUUACCAAACACAAAAAAAGUUUUCAAAAUCCUCAAUUGGCCUAUUCCUACCACUAUCAAAGAAGCAAGAGGCUUCAUGGGCCUUUGUGGA